AUGAAACAUAAUAAUAAAGAAUUCGUUUUUCUACGCAUAGCAUAAGUUUCAAUAAUAAAAAAAAUAUAAUCGUAAGAGUCCAAGUUCAUGUUUCCAAUUUCAAAAACUUUUAGACUUGAGAUAAAUGGGCAAGUGACUCAUGAUCUUUUGAGUAUUAGGUUAACUAAAAUAUUUCUUAAUCUUAUAGGUCACUUUAAUAAUAAGAGGAUGAGUAUGAAAACUAAGAAGAGCUUUCAGAAAUCUUAGCUCAUGUCAAAGAUGUCGACGAAUCAAUAUUUAAGAUGAUUCUGGAAAUAAUGAGGAAAAAGAAUAUUCAAGAUCUUUUAGGAUUUCUAAGAAGGAAAGAAAAUCUUCAACAUCUGAAUUCAGAUGUGGGGAGACAAAUUCAAAAGAUAACAAAUGUUGUUAAAAACCUUGAGGAACAUGACUUUAAUAAAAAAGACUAUUCGUUGGAAGAAUAAGAAGGAAUCAAAAAAGACCUAAUAAUGAAAAUAAAAAAAGAUACAAACCUCAUGGAAUUUUUGAAAUUUCUAGUUCAAAUUACAGCCAUUGAUUAGAAAUUCAUCAGAUGUGGAUCUAAUUCUUUACACUUAUUAAUUUUAAUGUAAGUUGAUCUGACGAAUCAAAUUUUCGAAAAUAUCAGAAUUAUGGAUACUUCUUUAAUAGGAGGAAACUUCGUUAGGUGCAAUCUCAAUGAAUCUGAAUUCAACAAUGUGGAUAUUAGUGGAGUGAAUUUGAACGGAGCUCUUCUCUUCAAUUGUAAAUGGAAGAACAUUAAAAUCCAUGAAGUGAAUUAAUUGGAUGGUCAUGAAGGAUCGGUGUGGUCAGUCAGUAUCUCACCUGAUGGGACUACUAUAGCAUCUGGCAGUGGGGAUAAGUCUAUUCGUUUAUGGGAUUUAAAAACAGGAGUAUAAAAAGCAAAAUUGGAUGGUCAUAGUGAUGAUGUACGAUCAGUAUGCUUCUCACAAGAUGGAACCUCUAUAGCAUCUGGUAGUCGAGAUAAGUCUAUUCGUUUAUGGGAUGUUAAAACAGGAUAAUAAAAAACCAAAUUAGAUGGUCACAGCGAUUCUGUUUGGUCAGUUUGCUUUUCACCUGAUGGAACUAUUAUAGCAUCUGGUAGUCAAGACAAGUCAAUCCGUUUAUGGGAUGUUAAGAAAGGAUAUUAAAAAGCAAAAUUGGAGGGUCAUGAUAAUUGGGUCGUGUCAGUGUGUUUCUCACCUGAUGGAAAUAAUUUAGCUUCUGGUAGUGGAGAUAAGUCUAUUCGUUUAUGGGAUUUUAAAACAGGACAAUAAAAAGCAAAAUUGAAUGUUCAUAUGGAUUUUGUCUGGUCAGUGUGUUUUUCACCAGAUGGAACUAUUUUAGCAUCUGGUAGUGGAGAUAACUCUAUCAGUUUAUGGGAUCUUACGAAAGGAUAAUAAAAAGCAAAAUUGUACGGUCAUACUAAUUGUAUCAAUUAAGUAAUCUUCUCACCUGAUGGAAUUACUUUAGCAUCUGGUAGUGAGGACAAAUCUAUCAUUUUGUGGGAUGUCUAGACAGGAUAAUAAAAAGCCAAAUUGGAUGGCCAUAGUGAUAGUGUCUGGUCAGUUUGUUUCUCACCCGAUGGAACUAAUUUAUUAUCUGGUAGUGAAGAUAAAUCUAUCAGUUUAUGGGAUGUUAAAACAGGACAAUAAAAGGCCAAAUUGGAUGGUCAUAGUAAUUCAGUUUACUCUGUAUGCUUCUCUCCUGAUGGAUCCACCUUAGCAUCGGGUAGCAAGGAUAAUUCUAUCCGUAUUUGGAAUGCUAAGACAGGGUUAUUAUAAGCCAAAUUGGAUGGUCAUAGUCAUUAUGUCACUUCAACUUAUUUCUCAUCAGAUGGAAUUACUUUAGCAUCUGGUAGUCAAGAUAAGUCUAUCCUUUUAUGGGAUUUAAAGACAGGAUAAUAAAAAGCAAAAUUGGAAGGUCAUGAUGAUUGGGUCUUGUCAGUAUGCUUCUCACCUGAUGGAAAUCAUAUAGCAUCUGGUAGUGGAGAUAAGUCUAUUCGUUUAUGGGAUUUUAAAACAGGAUAAUAAACAGCCAAAUUAUAGGGUCAUAGUGAUAAUGUCAUAUCGGUACGUUUCUCACCUGAUGGAACUACAUUAGCAUCUGGUGGCGGAAAUGAUUAUGGAGGUGGAGAUUGUUCAAUACGUUUAUGGGAUAUUAAGACAGGGAAAAAAAAAACCAGAUAUACUGGACAUAAUGAUCCUGUCGUCUCAUUAUGUUUCUCACCUGAUGGAACUACUUUAGCAUCUGGUAGUCAAGAUAAGUCCAUCCUUUUAUGGGAUUUAAAGACAGGAUAAUAAAAAGCAAAAUUGGAAGGUCAUGAUGAUUGGGUCUUGUCAGUAUGCUUCUCGCCUGAUGGAAAUCAUAUAGCGUCUGGUAGUGGAGAUAAGUCUAUUCGUUUAUGGGAUUUUAAAACAGGAUAAUAAAAAGCAAAAUUGGAUAGUCAUAGUGAUUAUGUUAGAUCAGUAUGUUUCUCACCUGAUGGAACUACCUUAGCCUCUGGUAGUCACGAUAUGUCUAUUCGUUUAUGGGAUGUUGGCACAGGAUAAAAAUAAGCAAAAUUGAAUUGUAAUUCCAAUUUUAUAAACUUAGUGGGCUUCUCGUCUGAUGGAACUUCCUUAGCAUCUAGUUCGGCAUAUAAGCCUAUUAGUUUAUGGGAUGCUUAAAUAGGAUAAUUGAAUGAACCUUCAAAUAUUAAAACCGAAGAAUUUGUAGCAUAGAUUCAAACGGCCAAAAAUUAAAACAAUCAAAUUGCAGAAGGUAUUAUAUUAAUUUUUUCUUAGUAACUUCUAAUAUUACUAUUCUACUUAUAUCACAAUAGGUCCUAUUUUAAGCUUAAGGAGCUCUAAUUUUCAAAGGAGAAUUUGUUAAUCAAUCCUAAAUAGAUUUAAAAACAUUAUUAAAAAAAAAAGGAAGUUUCUUUUUAGAAAAUAAAUUUGUAGAAUAAUUAAAGCCGAAUUGA